UCAGAGUGUACUCUUCUUCCCUCUUGUGCUUAUAUAUUUAUAAUCCUAGUGUCGACUUUCCUAAUUUAGUCUUAAUAGAUUAUAUACAUUGGGGACUUUAUCAUGAGUGUUCUUAGCAUGAAGGGUGGGGAUGGAGAGCAUAGUUAUGCAAAUAAUUCCGAGGUGCAGAAAAAAUAUUAACUCCCAUGCAAAACUGGCUGUGGUCGAAAACGUAAAGGAAGUGAUAGUGAAAUUGGGGUUUCCUGAGUGUAUCAAAGUGGCCGACUUGGGGUGUUCUUGCGGAGAAAACACGUUCUUGGCUAUGUCCGAAAUCGUCAACACCAUCAUAGAAUCAUACCAACAAAAAGGACAAAAUCUACCAGAGAUAGAUUGUUGCCUGAACGAUCUUCCAGACAACGACUUCAACACUACCUUCAAAUGGCUCCCUUCCUUCCACGAGAAGCUCAAAAUGAAUGUCAAAGAGAAGUGCUUCGUCUCAGGAGUCCCAGGCUCAUUCUACUCAAGACUUUUCCCUAGCAAGUCUCUUCAUUUUGUUCAUUCAUCUUUGAGUCUCCAUUGGCUUUCUAAGGUUCCUGAUGGGCUUGAGGAAAACAAGACGAACGUGUAUCUUAGAAGUCCAUGCCCUCCGAAUGUGUACAACAGUUAUUUGACUCAGUUCAAGAAUGGUUUCUCAUUAUUUCUAAGAAUGCGUGCGGAGGAGACAAUGCCUGAUGGACGUAUGGUUCUCACUUUAGUGGGCAGGAAAGCUUUGGACCCUUUAUCCAAAGAUUGCUUCCAGAAUUGGUCGUUGAUAUCUCAUUCCCUCCUAGAUUUGGUCUCUGAGGGGAUAGUGAAGGAAUCAGAUGUGGAAUCUUUCAACUUGCCGUUUUACAAUCCUGACGAAAACGAGGUGAGGGAAGUUGUUGAAAACGAGGGCUCUUUCAAGAUCAACAAUUUCGAGACAGUAUUUGGUCUUCUCUUUUCAUACAAAACUGGUCGUACUGAAGUGAAAGAUGAUGAUAAUGUGGACCAAUCAUGUCUACUUGAAGUCGUUAGAAAGAGAGCAAAAACCAUAAGAUCCAUUACCGAACCGAUGCUUGCUGCUCAUUUUGGAAGCGCCAUAAUGGAUCGUCUGUUCGACAAGUAUACAUACCAUUUAGCCCAACGUUACGAUAUACCAUUUAGCCCAACGUUACGAUACUUUGCGCAACAAACCAACCGUUAAUUUCUUUCUUUCGUUGAUCAGGAAGAAACACGCCUCCGAGUUGAUGCUUUCGUCCAAUUUAUAUUAAACUUUAAAUUUGUUUUAUUAUAAAUGUAAUUCUAUAU